AUGGCUGUUCGAAGUAGAAGCAUUCCCCUGGAAGGUGAUGUGUCUCCGAUGUCGCAAUGCAAAGCUAGAGGUAUUCAUUACAUGGUGAAGGACAAGGUGAAUGGGUUUGCUUGCCUUCUUUGCGGAUUGACGGGGCAAUUGGUUGAACUCCAGGCCUCACCCUGUGGAUCGUCACCCAGUGCUGUGCCCUCGCCUGCUGAAAGCUGUACUCCAAAGGGCUUUGAGAAAAGGGCAGGGUCAAGUUCUUAUGUGGACCACGAGCAUGAGCGGGCGCUCGCGAAAACCCGGCGUGCAUUGCAGGAGGAGAACGAUUUAAAGAUGGCUCGUGAGUUGCAGGAGCUUGAGCAGAUGGAACAUGAGCUGACCCAACAAGCUUUGUUGGAACAGCUGGAGGUUGAAGAGCUUGAGCUGCAGAGUUUGAUGAAUCAAGUUCGUGCCGAAGAGUUGAAGGCAAAGGUUUUGGAAGACCCCAGCCUCCUCAAAAGGCUGCAGCAUUGCCCCAACACGCCAGCUACGACAGCAUCAUCGGCUGGUGGCAGCCCAAGUGCUCUCCCCCCUCUGGAUCUGCCUUAUGGUACGGACAAUAUGGAGACAUUGGUGGACCCGCCAGAGCCUUCCGAUACUUUCGUGGAGCCUGUGGUGCCAGAGACGCUUGAACAGGCGACCCAGGUGAUCCAAGCGGAGCAGUCAGAGAACACGGAACAGGCGAAGCAAUCCGAGCAGACAAAGAGUGUGGAACAGGCCAAGCAAUCCGAGCAGACAGAGAACACGGAACAGGCCAAGCAAUCCGAGCAGACAAAGAGUGCGGAACAGGCCGAGCCCGAGCAGACAAAGAGCACGGAACAGACCGAGCAUUCCGAGCAGACAAAGAACACGGAACAGGCCGAGCAAUCCGAGCAGACAAAGAACACGGAACAGGCCGAGCAUUCCCAAAAUGCUGUUGCUGAGACGUCCAAGCCGAUGGAGGCCGGGACUUUUGCGUCACUUGCCAUUGAUUCUUGCCAUUUCGUACAGCUGCAUGACACACUCAUGUAA